GUACAAAGGUUAAAACAAAGUGAAAUGCAAUCAUCUGACAUAGCUUUCUUUUUAAUGGUGAAGAAACAGAAUAGAUUCCUUAGCACACCAGUCUCAGAGACAAAAAAAAGUAAAGAAAAAAAAUAGCACUUCUACUUUACCCACAUCUGGACCCUGCCAGUGACAACAGCCUGCAAUAUGAAAGCCACAUGCCUACUGAUCUUGUUUUGGCCCCUCUUCAUGCUAAUACUUUCAGAUGAAAGCCAGACUUUUAAAACAGAAGUCAAAUGUAAUUUCACUAAACAGAAUUAUUAUUUGAUUCCAGCGGAUAUCAAUAAAGAGGUUACUGUACUUGAUCUCAGUUAUAACCAAAUUACUCUGAAUAUUACAGACACAAGUAUUCUACAGAUGUAUUAUUUACUCACUGAGCUCUACUUGAUUGAAAACAGUGUCAUCAUCUUAUGUAAUAAUAGUUUUGGUAACCUCUCCAAUCUACGAAUUUUAAAUAUCUGUAGAAACUCCAUCCACAUAAUUCAACAAGGUGCAUUUACAGGCUUAACUAAACUACAACAGUUAUAUCUAUGCCAGAACAAAAUAUUACAACUGAAUCCUGAUAUAUUUGUGCCUCUUAAAAACCUGAAACUUCUGAAUCUGCAAGGCAAUUUGAUAAGCUAUUUUGAUGUACCACAACUGUUUCAUCUGGAAUUAAUCAUUUUACAUGGAAAUCCAUGGAACUGCUCCUGUAGUUUACUGAAUUUGCAGAAUUGGCUAAACACAUCCAAUGUAACAUUAGAAAAUGAGAACAUCACCAUGUGCAGCUACCCAGAUAUACUGAAAUACUACAGCAUCAAAACAGUACCUUAUAAGGCUGAAUGCUACUCAAAACUUCCUUCACCUAUAGCUGAAGACCUUCAGAUUAAUUUUCAGUCAAUUAGCAAUUCAACAUUUAAUAGCUCUUUGAACAACUUAACAAGAAAUUCGGAACAUGGACCUCUUGGAAAAAGCUGGGCUUUUCUUGUUGGUGUUGUAAUGACUGUACUGGUGACCUCUCUCCUCAUUUUUAUUGCUAUCAAAUUGCCAAUAUGGUAUAAUAUUCUGCUUAGCUAUAAACAUCAUCACCUGGAAGAACAUGAAGUAGAAACCUAUGAAGAUGGUUUUACCCAAAAUCCAAGUUCCCUUUCACAGAUACCAGAUACAAACUCCGAAGACACUACAGUAAUAUUUGAACAACUACAUUCAUUUGUAGUGGAUGAUGAUGGGUUUAUUGAAGACAAAUACAUAGAUACUCAUGAAUUAUGUGAAGAAAAUUAAUUUCUUUCAAUUUUUGAUUAUUUUAAAAAUGUUACCAGUUCACUGAAAGUUUAGACAUGGAGAUUUUCAUAUGUGACAUACCUAACUAUAGCUAGUAGAACUUCGUAUUAAUUGCAACACAUAUUAAUAUCAUAAAAUUAUGUUUUUCUCAUUGGUAUUGAAAAAGUUAGUCCAAAUACUGUAACUGACACUCCUUGGUAGCUAAUAGUUACAACACUAUUCUCAGUAGUAUUCAGAAGACUAUACAUACUAGUAAAAAAAAAAGCCUAAAGUAAAUUAUUAAUUAAUUAAAAUAAACUGAUUCUCAUAUUAGUUCAGAUAUUGGAUAUAAUACAGAUAAGUUAUAUUAAUGUUUUACUUAUUGGAAUCAGUAGAGAAAUAAAGGUUUUGGAUUUAUAUCAUAAGUCAGAGUAAG